CCCACCCUGCUGCCCUACCUCUCCUGGCUCUGCAUUAGGGCCCACAGGGUCCUGCCGCAACUGCAGACUAAUAGGUGAAGACAGACCCAGUGGGCCGGCAGGGAAGCUGCACUCUGGGGAUCCCAUGUGGCAGAGACCUACUGCCGCGUCCAUGUCUAGCCUGGGGUUCUGCAUCCUAUGGCCUGUCAGUCAGAUAAUGGGAGGGAAACGGGGUUUCCUUCAGCACUACAGAGACACCUAAACCAUACUCUGAUGUAGGUAGCAAGACCAGAGGUAGCCCUGACAGUGAGUGGGAGCCCACACAGUGUUCCUGAGUGAGGGUUUGGUCUGACGCCACAUAUGCCUGUGCCCGUGUGCGUGCCUCUGUGUGUGUGCCUUUAUAUGUGUACCCGUGUGUGUGCCUCUACAUGGCGUGUACUCAUAUAUGUGCCUCUGUGUACAUGUGCCUCUACAUGUGUGUACCCAUACAUGUGCCUCUGUGUGUGUAUGCCCAUGUGUGCCUCUGCAUGCACGGACCCAUGUGUGUGUGUCUGCAUGCGUAUCCCCAUAUAUGUGCAUCUGUGUGUGUGCCCAUGUGUGCGUGCGCCUCUGUGUGUGUGCUCGUGUGCCUCUGUGUGCAUGUACCUGUGUAUGCACGUCUGUGUGUGCGCCUCUGCGUGCACGUACCUGUGUAUGUGCGUCUGUGUGUGCGCCUCUGCGUGCACGUACCUGUGUAUGUGCGUCUGUGUGUGCGCCUCUGCGUGCACGUACCUGUGUAUGUGCGUCUGUGUGUGCGCCUCUGCGUGCACGUACCUGUGUAUGUGCGUCUGUGUGUGCGCCUCUGCGUGCACGUACCUGUGUAUGUGCGUCUGUGUGUGCGCCUCUGCGUGCACGUACCUGUGUAUGUGCGUCUGUGUGUGCGCCUCUGCGUGCACGUACCUGUGUAUGUACGUCUGUGUGUGCGCCUCUGCGUGCACGUACCUGUGUAUGUGCGUCUGUGUGUGCGCCUCUGCGUGCACGUACCUGUGUAUGUGCGUCUGUGUGUGCGCCUCUGUGUGCACGUACCUGUGUAUGUGCGUCUGUGUGUGCGCGCCUCUGCGUGCACGUUCCUGUGUAUGUACGUCUGUGUGGGCGCCUCUGCGUGCAUGUACCUAUGUAUGUACGUCUGUGUGUGCGCCUCUGCGUGCGUGUACCUCUAUUUGUCUGUGUGUGCGUCUCUGCGUGCAUGUACCUCUGUAUGUACAUCUGUGUGUGUGCGCCGCUGCGUGCAUGUACCUCUGUAUGUACGUCUGUGUGUGUGCCUCUGCGUGCAUGUGUCGUGUGUGUGCCUAUUUUCGCGUGUGCCUGUAUGCAUGUCUCUGCGUGUGUGUGCCCCUGUGUGCAUGUGCCUGUGUGUGUGUGUCCCUGCAUGCAUGUGUCCCUGUGUGCGUGUUUCUGUGGGGUGGUGCUACGUGGGUGUGUACUAGCACAUUGGUUAUGUCUUGAGCUGUUCGGGGCAAGCCUGGGCUUCCCUGGCUGACGUGAGCUUCUCACCACUUAGUGAUCCCUCCCGCCCAUUGGGCAGGUGUCAUGUGUGGCCAUUUGGUUGCAGCUAAGGGGAGGUGCAAGCCGGAGCCGCCCGCCAAGGGCCCCACCCAAGUGACUACAUUCUCCUCCGUGGGUCCAGGGUGACCUCGUGUUCUUACGCCACUUCCUUCUGCUGUGAUGUGCAGGCCCUAGGUCGAGGGCAGGGGACCACCACCGGUGGUAGAAGAAAAGGAAAGAAAUUGUUGAAAAUAGAAUUUUCCAGGGAAGAUCUGUGUAUAAAAAUGUUUGUAAGAAAUGUAGCAUUUUUCCUGUUACCUUUAUUAUCUUUAUAGAGCCAGUUUUAGGAGGGGCUUUUGGUUUUGGGUGGGGGGGCGGUGGUUGAGACAGAGUCUCAUUCUCUCACCCGGGGUAGGGUUCUGUGGGGUCAUCACAGCUCACAGCAACCUCACACUUCUGAGCUUGAGGUAUCCUCCUGCCUUGGCCUCCCAGAGUGCUGGGAGCACAGGCUUGAGCCCCUGGCCCAGCCCCAAAGCCGGUCUUGAUGCACGCAGAUAACUUCCUACUCGUGUGCUUUGUCCGUGUUUCAGAGCUAGACUCUGUGGUAGAGUGGUCUGAUGCCUGUGUGCACGGCAACAGCUGUCCCAGGAGGCUGGUGUGUUCACAAGGCACCUCUUAAACCCAUGGCUCUUCGUCAGCCAUGCCCAGUACUGGGAGGCACACUGGUUGUCCCUUGCCUGGGACCUGUCUGCUUCUGUGUGGGUUUCCAGUGAGCAAGACCCUGAGCCAGGCACUCAGCCCCGCCUUACCAGAGCAGCAUUGUUGGGCCUGGCACCUGCAGGAUGUGGUGAGGCUCACUGGGUCUUUGCUGUCCCUGCCACCACAGGGAUAGCGCUCCACAGGUUAGCUGGGGGGUUGUGAUAAAUGACAGGAGACUCCUGGUCCCCUGGGGCUGAGUGGGGGAUAUGCCCUGAAGCAGAGGGAGGCAGGGUCAGUGGCAGUGGGGAAGGGUCCUGACGAGGGCAGGCAGUGCCCCCAGUCACCCCGCAUAGAGAAGUCCUAUAGCACCCUCUGCCAGGAAGAUACCCCUGACACUGGUCACCAGGGACCAGGUGUAGUUGGGAGGAAGCGGCUGAGCUUCCCUUUUUGAGACCACCUGGCGUCCUUGAUACUGUGGAGUGGGCUGCACAAGGUCCAGUCUAUGGGCAGUAUGGCCUAAGUGGUGCUGUGUCAGGGCCCUCAUGGCUGCCAAGAGCAACAACACAUGUGGGAGUCAGAGAAGCCCAGUUAGGAGCCAGCAGCUGCCUUCCACAUGGUGUCUGCCCUGCACAGCUGCCUGGCACCAUGGCUGUCCAAGUAGGUGCACAGGGUCACCUGUAGAUAGGCGUUUGGUCCGUGUGGGCCGAGGCCCUCACAUCUGGCUCCCACAUGGGCUCUGCGGCCACCUGUCUGGGAAGCGUGAGCCAGAAGGUGACACAGUCUACCUGCUCAGACCAGCCUGGGCCCAGAAGACCCUCCCAUAGCUCCCCAGAGCCACCUGCCCUCCAGGGCUUCCUGCUUCUUUUAAUUUUGAGACACAGUCUCACUCUGUCACCUGGGUCUUAGAGUGCUGUAGCAUCGUAGCUCACAGCAACCUCAAACUCUUGGGCUGUAGCAAUCCUUCUGCCUCAGUCUCUCAAGCAGCCGGCUCUACAGGCAUCUGCCACAAUGCCCAGCUUAUUUUUCUUAUUUUUGAUAGACACAGGGUCUAGUUCUUGCUCAGGCUGGUCUCGAACUCCUGAGCUUAAAGUACCUACCCACAUUGGCUUCCCAGAGUGCUGGGAUUAUAGGCUUAAGUCACUUGCCUAGCCUUUGUUUACUAUUUAUAUGUUUUCCAUAACUUAAAAAUCUAUGAUUGAAUGUAGUUGAAGGUGGUUUACAUUCUGUUCAU